CAACCAGUUCCUCAAGCAAUUAGGUCUGCAUCCAAAGUGGCAAUUUGUCGAUGUGUAUGGAAUGGAUCCUGAGCUCCUUAGUAUGGUACCAAGGCCUGUAUGUGCAGUGUUACUACUCUUCCCCAUUACAGAAAAGUAUGAAGUGUUCAGAACAGAAGAGGAAGAAAAAAUCAAGUCUCAGGGACAGGAUGUCACAUCAUCAGUGUACUUCAUGAAGCAAACGAUCAGCAAUGCCUGUGGAACAAUUGGCUUGAUCCAUGCUAUUGCCAACAAUAAAGACAAGAUGCACUUUGAAUCAGGAUCCACUUUGAAAAAAUUCCUAGAAGACUCCGUGUCAAUGAGCCCUGAAGAGCGAGCCAGAUACCUGGAAAACUAUGACGCUAUACGAGUAACACAUGAGACAAGUGCCCACGAAGGUCAAACUGAGGCACCCAGUAUAGAUGAAAAAGUAGAUCUUCAUUUUAUUGCAUUAGUUCAUGUAGAUGGGCAUCUCUAUGAAUUAGAUGGCCGGAAACCAUUUCCAAUUAACCACGGCGAAACUAGUGACGAUACGCUAUUAGAGGAUGCCAUAGAAGUAUGCAAGAAGUUUAUGGAACGUGACCCUGAUGAAUUACGGUUCAAUGCAAUCGCUCUCUCUGCAGCAUAGCUCGGCAAUAAUGGAAACACCAAAUGCUGUAUUAUUUACAACAAAAAUUAAGUAUCUGCUGCCAUACACUAAUGCAGAAUUUUUGAUAUUUUCAUUAACUAAUUAAACUUUAUGUGAAUUAA